GGGCGGGCCGCGGAGAGGCGGAGACGCUGAGGGGCUUUUGCUGGAGAUCGCCGACCUCGCGCGCACUUCGGGACUCGGAGCUCCCCGGCCCGGCUGCCCCGGCGCCCCCCUCGCGCGCCAGCCGCCGCCGCCCCGGCCCGGUCAUGGGCCUGCCGCCCCCCACCCAGCAUUAUUUCCGCUCGGACAGCAGCGACUCUUCGGCGUGCAUGAUGGGGACCUCGGACGACGCCGAGGUCCCGAGGAGGAGGCAGGGGAGGUCGGGCUCCUGCAGCCCCGUCUGGCUCGCGGCCGCGGCCAUGGCCAUCCUGGCGCUGCAGGUCGCCUCCACCACCGGCCUCUUCGUCUACUUCACCAUGUCCAUCUCCAAGUUAAAGACCCAGGCCCAGGGGAUUCCAGAAGAACUGAAGUGCCUCCAGCUGAUCAACAGCCUGCAGGAGAACCCGAACCUGGAGGAGCUGAUCAACAACCAGACGUGCCUCAAGCUCAUGGGUAGCAUCAAAUCCUACGUGACCUCGGUGACUGAAAACGUUCUCCUCCGGCGUUUACAGAAAGGCACCGCUACCAGCGUGGAGGGGCAGGCCCUGAUGCCACGCCCAUUCUCCAUAGGAGCUCAGCCCUCAGCCCAUGUCACCCUCAUCCCCUACACUGCCAGUAUGGAUAACCUUGACCACCUCGGGGAGCUGCCCCAGUCCUGCCGCUACCCCCUGCACAAUUGGGAAUCUCAAGGCCUGCUCUCCCAUCUUCGGAAUAUCACUUUCAAGGCAGGCACGCUGCGGGUCAGCCAAGGGGGCAAGUACUACGUUUACUCCCAGAUCUACUUCCGCUACCCAGCAGAGGCAGAAGGGAACCAGCUCACGAGCCAGCAGCUGGUACAGUGCAUCAGCCGGCAGACGGCCUACCGCCAGCCCAUCCUGCUCCUGAAAGGUGUGGCCACCAAGUGCUGGUCUCCAGAGGCCGAGUAUGGCCUCCACGCCAUCUACCAGGGGGGCCUCUUUGAGCUGAAAGCAGGGGAUGAGCUCCUGGUAUCCGUCUCUUCCUUGGCUGUGGAUGAUACUGACGGCACCUCCAGUUACUUCGGGGCCUUCCGGUUGGCUAUGUAAGACGCCUCUGGCUCCGUUUGGGGAGUGUUAGGACCCAGCUUUUCCUCUGAAAUUGACUUAUCUGAUUGGACUGCCUGAUGUGCUUGCCAUAGCCGGCCCUCCCGGGGAGCCCGGAACCAACUCCAACCCUGGGAGGUGGUGGUGGGCUGAGCUAUGGUGAGAGCAUCUCUCCGACCUGGGAAGUCUCCUCAUUCGGGCCAGGAUUCUCUUUGAAGUUAUAAUAAUUGGACUUAUACAAAAAGCUUUUAGCUAGCUCUUUCAGGCAAAAGAGAGGAAGGACUGUGGGUGGCUUUUACUAGGAGAUGGGAUCCCAGAUUUUAAGUCCCUCCCUCAUCUCAAAUCUCUGUCUUUUAGCCUUCAGAAACGGGGAAAAUUUUAACUGCCACAUUAAAAAGAAAAACCUGACGUUUUCUUGGAACCCCAGAACUGGCCAAUUUGGAUCUACAGAAACCCCUUAAUUAAGGCUGGAAAAACAAAACCAGAAAAAAUAUUUUUAGCAGAUCGUGCAAUCUCAGUCAGUUAACUUGAGUUGGCCUGUUGUAUUUUUAAGUAGGUCUAGUAUGACUGAAAGCCCUCUGCGAGGCUUGCAGAAAAGCUGCAGGAAGAAAAACCCUUUUCUGUGGGAUGUUCCAUGCUUCUGUCCCUUAGAAAGGCUUGUGGAAUCUGUCGUAGCUAAGCUAACUUCCUUGGCUAGCCCAGAUUCUCCUAAAGUUUAUGCUGGUACCCCAACAUCUUCAACAUGACAUCUCUGGCGUGGAAAGUAAGCUAAUCACUAAGCCACUCCCCCCGCCACACACACCUAGGUCCAGAAUUCUCAGGUCCUCUCCCCCCAAAUCCUAAAGUCUGCCAAUUUCUUAAAGCCCCUCUUACAGCCAAAUGGGAACCCCCCCAUGUUCCUCUCCCUUGUCUUUGUGUGUAAAAGCAGUCAUCAUGCACCCCGUGAGAAACCUCUUCCCUUCGGUCCCAGCUGCAGAAGAGUUGAACAGACAAGUAGAAAUAGCAAAAAUUCAUGAAACUCGGAAGGGCAGUUUUCUCCCAUUUUAAAUUUGGGGACUCUGUGUGUUUUUAAGUUGGAAUUCUGAUUCUAAAAUUGUACGAGGUGAUUACUGUUAACUAGUGUGUUCUACAGUGGUGAACUUUGGAAUUCUGAGUAUAAGAUCUGAGAAAUUUGUGUGCAAACACUGAAAUAUUGCUACUGGAAAUCUCUCUCUGUAUUUAAUUUGAUUUUAAGCAAAAACUGGGUACUAAACCAAAGUUCUCUGGUAACUUACUCAAAGAGGUCUCGUGAGAUAAAAUAUGUUUUAAGGUGUUAGAUUGUUUUCCAAAUUGUAUAUUGUACAAUUGUAAAAAUAUAUAUAUAUAUAUCAUGAGCUACGUUUUAAAAUUCUGUCCACCCUGCUGGACGUGUGCUUAUUUGGUUACGUGAAGUUUUCAUUCAAAAUUAUUUAGUUAUCAUCUAUAUUCUGAAUUUGAGAAUCAUCUUAGUUCCUUAACAAAAAAAAGAUUAUCUGCUGAUAUUAACUGAGUUCACGGGUUCUUUCUGAGAUUGUGGUACUGAUAUAAAUUAUUCUCCUGUUAUCCAAAACUGAUUUUAAAACCUAAAACUGGCUCCUACUCCAUCGAGAAAGGAAGGAUAAAGUGAAAAUUUGAUUUCAGUUAGCCCUUCCCAAUAUCCUUUCUUAGGGUGGGGAAAGUGAAAAAGAAAAACCCCAACAGAACCAGUCUUUCUACCAGUUAGCAAGGCCAUAAGACUUAGGAAAUGAGCUUGGGAUGGAAUAGGAAAUUCACAGACAAGAAAGAAAAUCCAGGUGUGAUCUUUCUGACCUGGGAGGUCUCCUUAUUCGGGCCUGGGUUCUCUUUGAAGUUCUAAUUGCACUGAUACAAAUAGCUUUUGAAUUUGAAAUUGGUAUUGUAGUUUUAUUUUAGAUCAGCUGGAAUAUGAGGGCAUAUUCCACACCCUUCCAAUGGCUACUAUUGUUAAAGGAAUAGCCUGUGUCUACAAGGUGUUAAGAAUUGAAUAUUUGCUUUUAUUUUUCAAGUUUGUAGUUUUAAAGCAAGUCAUUUGUGAUACUGGAUCAAAAGCUUAGCAAUGCUAGGAACUUUUAAGACAAGUUCAUUAUAGAUUUUUUUCAUUUUAGUUGACUACAAAGUCUCUGAUGACUUCUGACAUAAUUUUCAUCUGUCCUCAACAAAUUAUUGAAUAUUUAUUUAGCGCAUCAUGCUCUCCCUGUUUAUGAUCUAGAGCUUUUCUUAAAAGCACAGACAACUUUAGGUGUUUUAAGAUUGCACGGUGCUGAAGAAAUGAAAUCCCCCGUAGACAAGUUCAUCUGCAAGCGAAGAGAAAGCUUCCGUCCAUUGGGGAAUGGCUGGAUAAGUUGUUAUAUCAAAGUAAUGGAAUAUUAUUAUUCUAUAAGAAAUGAUGAACAGGCUGAUUUUAGAAAGUCUGGAAAGAUUUACAUGAACCUAUUCUGAGAGAAACAAUCAGAACCGGGAAGAUGUUGUACACAGUAACAGCAAGAUUGGGCAACGAUCAACUGGGAAAGACUCGGUUCUUCUCAGUGGUUCCGUGAUCCAAGGCAGUCCCGAUAAACUUUGGAUAGAAAAUGCCGUCUGCGUCCAGAGCGAGAACUAUGGAGACCCAAUGUAAAUCAGCACAUGCUAUGUUCAAUUUUUUUCCUUUUUCUUCUGUUUUUUUUUUACGCUCAUUUUUUGUUCUGAUUUUUCUCUCCCAACAUGAUUCAUAAAGAAAUGUGUAUUAAAAAUUAAUGUAAAGGGUAAAAAAAAAAAAAAAAGGAAAGAAAGCAUGCUAUGAGAACAUCUAGUUUUGGUUAUGUAGACUGAUCUGUAAGCCUUCUUCUAGACCUGAAGUCUCUGAUAUGGGAGAAUCUCUUGGGACUAUAACAGAUAUUCUUUUGAAUUUUGAAUUAUGAUUAUGUGAUGGAUAAUGAAGUCAAUCCACCAUUCAGAAGAAAGGCCAUAAGUUACUCAAAGAGAUGCCAUCUUGUACUUAUAGGUGGAUCUCCAUCUACUUGGGCCAAGAGCCAGGAGGACAUCCUUAAUCUCUGCUUAAUGUCAGAUCCUUCUUACUCAGUUUCCUUUGAACAAGCAUUUCCCACCUGAUUAUUCCCGAGUCUGGCUGUGAGGUGAAAUUUUUCUACAUGAUCGGUUGUCAACAGACUAUUACCUGAACUCAAAUAACUAAGGAUGCUUUGUGAUCAUGUCCCUGCAAAUCCCUAUUCACAGCAAGUGGUCAGCUUAAAAGCCCCCAACAAAAUGGAAACUCUUCCUUUUUCUGUGGUAAAUGACUGUUUUCCAUCAUUGGGUAGAUGGAUAUUUGAGCUCUUCAUCUGCCUAUUACUAGAGAUAUAUUUUAAAGUUAGCACAAACCAAAGAGGUUUUUGUUUCUGUUUUUGUUUUUCCCCCCUGAGGCAAUUGGGGUUAAGUGACUUGUCCAGGGUCACACAGCUAGGAAGUGUUAAGUGUCUGAGGCUGGAUUUGAACUCAGGUCCUCCUGACUUCAGGGCUGGUGCUCUAUCCACUGCACCACCUAGCUACCCCUUUAAAGACACUUUUUUCUGCUCCUUUAAAUGCACCUCCCAGGAGGAGAGCUCUCUCAAGCUCUCUGCCCCACUCCUGUCAGUGGGGGAGAGGAGAACGUGUGGUCAGACUAGAACAAACCUGAUCUCAACCGGUUAUCCUCUGUAGCCAAUGCCCAAGUCCUCUGAACAUUUUGGCACAAGCAUCCCGUCCAUAACCCCUGCCUAUCAGGUUCAUUUCUAGGCUUUUUCCGUUCAAAUGAUGAGCACUAGGCAGCGGGAUCGACCGGCUUCAGGGAUCUGACUCAGAAUCCCACUGCUCUUAUGGGCUCCUGUCCCACCCUCAACUCAGGCUCAGCAUCUGUCCAGUCUGGGAUCCCAUGGGAUGAUUCCGCUCUACGCCCAUUCCCAGGGGGAAGCAGUUUCAGACCAUGAGAUCAUUGCCCCAUACCUCAAAGGCCUUUGGGCCCCAUGCAUCUGGAGGGAAACUGAUCGUCGGGGCCAACGAGUCUCAACAAACUACUACCCCAAACACUAAUCUGAGUGGGCCUCAGGAAGGAGCAAACAGACGCCGUGCUAGUCUCCACUAUGGUACUCUGGUAGCCAACUUGGGCGCUCCUUCGGGCCGACUUUCUCUAACACUCCCUAGCGGAUUCCCUCCCAGUGUCUAUGCUUAAGCGUAACAUGUCUCUCUUCAGCAUCCUGUUUAGGGGUGAGCCAGCUUUUGAAAGAUUUCUUUUGCAAAUCAAAGAGUGGUGAAUGAGGUGACUUAUUUAUUCUCUUCCUGGGUCGGGAAGAAGCUAUUUUCAGCUAAUUCUAUUUAGCAGCUAAUUCCCAGGCUAUCUAGGAAGGAACUUUUUAGCGACUCUCAUUGUCCAUCCCCCAACCUCUGGGUAUCUUCAUGCAACCUUCUGAGAGAUUGAUGAGUAUAUUUUUAGCCAGGUGUUCCAUGGGCUCCAGAUUCUUCCCUCUUAUUUCUCUGGUCCCCCACCCCUGGCAGAACACCCCCCCAGGGGUAAAUUUCCCCUAUAAAAGAUGUGCUUUUGAUGAAGAUCUUUGCCAAGUUCUUUCAGGACUAAGGCCACCAUGAGGUUUUCCUUUCUCUUUCUCAUAGUGCCUUCCUUCUACUGGCACCAUUCUCCCUACUCUAGCCAACUUUCGGCAGUCUAACCCGCCGUCAAUGGUUUUCUCCCACCUUUCUCCUGGUUAAUUGUGACUUCCCCCGUCUUUUUCCUUGCCAACUAUACGCUCUCCCAAUUCUAUUUAAUAUUUACCAUUUCUGGUGUCUUUUGUAGCCUUUCAUUUUGUCUGUUUGUUCCCUUAAAUAAAUCUACCUUUUGCCAAAGAGAA